GCGGCGGCGGCGGCUGCACCACCUCGUUGCUGCCGGUCGCGGCCCGGGCGCCCCCCGCACCCCGGACUCCGGCUUCGUCACCCGGUCGCGGGGGCCCUCCAUCCGGUCUCGAGAAUCCUUCCCCUGCAACCCAACAACAACAAAACCUCACAUCUCGCCCAGUCACCGGGGAGGGGGGGGACCAUGUCCCAGCGGGUGAGGCGCAAUGGGUCCCCCACGCCGGCCGGCUCCCUCGGGGGCGGUGCGGUCGCCACGGCCGGGGGAUCCGGGAGCCGCCUGCAGCCCAUGAGGGCGACGGUUCCGUUCCAGCUGAAGCAGCAGCAGCAGCAACAUGGCAGCCCCACGCGGAGCAACGGCGGCGGCGGCGGCAACAACGGCGGCUGCUGUGGUGGCGCCUCAGGCCCCUCGGGCGGCGGCGGCAGCAGCGGGGCCCCGCGCACCGCCUCGCGCAGCACAAGCCCCACGCGGGGCGGCGGGAGUGCGGCCGCGCGCGCCAGCCCCACGGUGGCCACGCAGACGGGCGCGUCCUCGACGUCCACGCGAGGCACCAGCCCCACGCGCGGCGCCGCGCCAGGGGCCCGCGGGAGCCCCCCACGGCCGCAGCCCCCACCGCCGCUGCUGGGCACCGUGUCGUCGCCUUCCUCGUCGCCCACCCACCUGUGGACAGGCGAGGUGAGCGCGGCCCCACCCGCUGCCCGCGUCCGGCACCGGAGGAGGUCCCCGGAGCAGAGCCGAAGCUCCCCGGAGAGGAGGAGCCCGAGCGCCCCUCUUUGCAAAGCAGGUGACAAAGCAAGACCGCCUUCCUCCAGCCCUUCUAGCAUCAUCCGCCGUACCUCCUCCCUGGAUACACUUGCUGCUCCGUACCUUGCAGGGCACUGGCCUCGUGAUGGUCAUGGGCAAGCUGCUCCUUGCAUGCGGGACAAGGCCACACAGACAGAGAGUGCAUGGGCUGAAGAGUACUCUGAAAAGAAGAAAGGGUCUCACAAGCGUUCAGCAUCGUGGGGCAGCACAGAUCAACUUAAGGAGAUUGCAAAAUUACGCCAGCAGUUGCAGAGAAGUAAACACAGCAGUCGGCAUCAUAGAGAUAAAGAAAGACAGUCUCCAUUCCAUGGCAACCAUGCAGCUAUUAACCAGUGUCAGGCUCCUGUUCCAAAGAGUGCACUUAUUCCAGUAAUUCCCAUCACCAAAUCAACAGGCUCCCGGUUCCGGAAUAGUGUGGAAGGAUUGAAUCAGGAGAUUGAAAUAAUAAUUAAAGAGACUGGGGAAAAGGAAGAACAACUUAUACCACAAGAUAUUCCAGACGGCCAUCGUGCACCUCCGCCCCUUGUGCAGAGAAGCAGCAGCACGCGCAGUAUCGACACGCAGACCCCCGGCGGGGCAGAGCGGGGGAGCAACAGCAGCAGCCGCUCCCAGUCUGUGUCCCCCACGUCCUUUCUCACUAUCUCCAAUGAGGGGAGCGAGGAGAGCCCUUGUUCGGCUGAUGACCUGCUUGUUGAUCCCAGGGAUAAAGAUAAUGGGAACAACUCUCCUUUGCCCAAAUAUGCAACCUCACCAAAACCUAACAACAGUUACAUGUUCAAAAGGGAACCUCCUGAGGGCUGUGAGAGGGUCAAAGUCUUUGAGGAAUGCUCGCCAAAACAACUUCACGAAAUCCCGGCCUUUUACUGCCCUGACAAAAACAAGGUGAAUUUCAUUCCUAAAAGCGGCUCUGCUUUCUGCCUCGUCAGCAUCCUUAAGCCACUCCUCCCCACACCAGAUCUUACCCUCAAGGGCUCUGGCCACAGUCUGACAGUCACCACUGGCAUGACAACCACUCUUCUGCAGCCUAUUGCUGUGGCCUCCCUGUCUACAAACACAGAGCAAGACCGAGUCUCUCGAGGAACGAGUACAGUCCCACCACCAGCCUCUCUCCUCCCACCACCAGAACCCAUUGAGGAAGCUGAAGGAUAGGCCCCAGUGCUGUGAGGCCUCUGUUCUGGGCAACUGAGAAUCUCCUCGAUCCCUUGGCAGUGAUGGCAUCGUGUGCUCCCAGUUGGCUGUGUUGUGCUCCAGCAUUUCCACGCUGACGUGUCACAGUGCGGCUUCUGGAAGAUAGCAGCCCCUCUGAUGGCUCUGCUCACUCCUGAAGGGCAGCCCUCAGUGCUUAGCCUGCUUUUUCUUAAAGCACCAGUUGAAAGAAGAAAAAGGUUUCAUUCUUUCCUUUUGGAGGGCUGAUAUCACAUUGUUUUUGCUUUCAAAUUAGACUUCUUUGAAAAAAACAAAAAACUGAUCCCUGCAAACAUGAUUCUUGAAGGGAUACGUGAAUGAUGCUGCAAGAACCAUCUUUUAUAUGAAAAUGACUAUUUUAUAAUACCAAUGUUACGUUUUCUGAAAACAUAGCAAACAGGAUGUUCAGACGAUUCUUUGGCCCCUGUUUCUUGUUUCCCUUUCUAGAUGUGUGCUUUUCUCAGCUGUUUUCAGCUUUGGGACCAAAGGGAUUGUUGACAUUUUCCUAGCAAUCUUAAUCUCAUGACUGUGUUCUUCUCCCAAACAAGAAUUGAUAGGUGUCGUUCUACCUUUAACCGUCACUGUAUCAUAGCCCCAAGAGAUCCUAAAAUGGCUGUGCAUGGAUUUCCUCCUUUGCUUUUGUGAUGUUGUUGUCUUGUGGAUUUGGUCAGGGUUAGUAGUUUGCCAGGAGUGUAAUCUGUUCAAUAGCAAUCCUAGUCACAGAAUCUUGCGACUGACGUUUCCUUUAUGGUGGUUGGCACUGAGAUACGUUGCCUGUAGGUUUUGCUAGUUUUCCCUCCAGCAUUCCACACGGUGGGGAAAACAGGCAAGGAGAGCUUUGGAGCAUAAAGAACAGGAACCUUUGAAGAAUCCACAUGGUUUUGGAUUUAGGCUCAUCCUAAUACAAUCACUGCCAGUAUCACAUGACAGUAGUAUUUCAUGUCUGGGUAUGUGGUAGUGAAAUUAAGGAGCAGCUCUUUUUAAAAAGUUAUAGCAAACAGUGUUGAUAGAAAGCAUCCUUCUAAGAUCUUCAUAAACUACCUUAUGAUGCAAUAAUUUAAUGUUCCUAUACAUAUUAUAUUAUAGGGAGAAAACAAAUACUUGUAAAAGGGAUAUAGUUUAGAAGGUUAAUAUGUCAGAUUGUCCAGAUAUAUCCCAUCAAAGAAAAGCUAGUGGUAGCAAUAAAUCUUCUGAAAGGACUUCUUAUACUCAUAUACCUUUAAAACAUCUAAGUAAUUAAAAAUUUUGCCCUGUUAAGUUGAAAACAGAGAUGUAUUUAGGCAAAUUAGAUAAACUCCAACGUUUAAAUAAGUCUGUCAGGUUUCAGUUGGUGCCAUCGAUGAAUUUUGGUACCCCUUCUGUCCAAAACUAAUUUUCCUGAAACUAGUACAUUGUGGCUUCUAAAUCAGGAAAAGCUAAGUUAUUCAAAGUCUAAAUGUUCUGGUCAGUAGGUUCUUUGAGAACCUUGAUUCUUUGCCUCUAACUAUUUACCAUUUCACCACAGAACUGCUCUGUUAGAAGUACAAAAGAAAGGUAAAGCUGAAAUCGGGUGAGUUGGUAUCGAUGGUAGGAAGUUAAAAAAUAAGGUUUCAAAAAAUCCAAAAUCAGUUUUUGGAUUACCUGAAUUUUGUUAAAUCUAUGUUCUUUUCCUUGCCUUACACUUACUUCCCUCUCCAUCUGUACGUGUCACAAGGGUGUUUUACAACUAGAAUGCCACUUUGUAAACAGUUUUUCUUCUUACUCUGUUGUGCAUGUUUAUCUAACUCACAUCUUUCUGUAGAGUUUCAUAUAUCCUUAAACUAAAGUAAUUUACAAUCAGAAUGGGAGAACAAGUUUAAGAUAGUAUUAUUUACAGUCUUAUAGGUGAAACUUUUAAUGUUUGGUUGUAAGGAGAAUGUGAAUUUGCAGGUAAAUGAAUUAUACGGCAACUAAACAGAGUCCUCAUGUUUGGGAGAAAUAGAGCCUGAGAUUUGAGGAGUGGGGGAAGGUACAAGGUAUAAAAAACUCUUAACUGCCAGUGCCAAAGGGCUAAUUUUUAAGUAUCUGAGCUUUAUGCAGUCUUGAAAAAAUACUGGCCAUAGUCUACUCGGCUUUUAUGUAACCUUGGUUCACAGGUGGUUGACUUUUUUUUUAAAUGGGUCUACUCUCAAUAGAAUGCAUAAUAUUGUUUUCUAAAAUUACAUUCCAUAACUAUCUUGUUAUUCUGUAGAAAACUGUACAGAAGGUAAAUAAAUUAGAAUAGCUUCAAUGGGAAUAUAAUUUAAAAAUUUUAAACAUUUAAAUAAAUUUACUUCCAUUGCGGUAAAAGAAAGAAAUAGGUGGCUUGUAUAUUUCAGCGAAAGAAAGCUAUUCUCUGGUUAUAAACUUUGUCAGUGUUAAGUUAUUUUUACCCUUAAACGGUAUUUUCCUUGCGGUGAUAACAUGAAUUUACGGUUUCUGAUCAUGACUAAGUCUGUAUUACUUGUCAUGGCUUUUGUGAGCAAUUAUGUUUUUAAAAUACCUGUUUUGCUUCUUUGAUUAAUAUGGUGAGCAUGGAUACCAAAAUUAUUUUUUAACUAGAGUCUUCAUUUUGUUUAAAAUAUUUCUUAUAUUUGUGACAAGCCAAAUCAGAGCUUUAGAAGGUGCUAUUGCUAACUGUGGAAUAACUGGCAACAAGGAAGCCUUUCUUUCUUUCUUUCUUUUUAAUGGUUGGCUUUUACUGGAAGAAGGUAUUUUAAAAAUAGCAGAAUUUAUAGCUUUCUGUAUGUCCAAGAUUAAGAGUGGGUUGUCAGAGUUUUCUUUUGUUAAAGGAAAUAAAGAAAAAUUGCCACUACUGAAUUUACUAUUCUAAAGAUUCAUUCCUUAAUGCUUAGAAUUUCAAUGUCUCAAGACCAGACCAGUGGACGUGCUGAAUUUAAGAAAGCUAAAACACUUAACUUCGCACUUUAAGGUUUAAGUUUUACUCUGCCUAAAUUAAUGAUAAGCAGAGCAGCCCUGAACAAUAUUUUGUUUAUACAAUCCUGUUGAAGAAUAUAAUUUAUGUUUUUUAAAAGUCUUUAUUUUUCAUCUCUGUUGAAGCUGUGUAAAUUUUUUAAAAUGCAGUUUUUAAAGUUUCGUUUUUCUAACAAAAUUCUCCCCAAAAACAGCGUUUCCAAUGGUGAUAAAUAUUGUUACUGUGUACUUAUGUAUUCCCUAUACCUGAACACUUGU